AUGAUGUCGACAGCUGGGACUAAGGAUAAUGGGCUUCGGAGAUUGAAUCUGGGUAUUGCAUUGAUGCUGUCUGCAUCGGCGACGUCGGGAUACAAUGCUAGUCAGAUCAAUAGUCUUCUUGUCCUUCCGGAGUUCACGAAGUUUUUGAGUGUACUCAAUUCAAGCGAUACAGGUCUCAUCAUCGCUGCGGUUUCUUUGGGCGCCUUUCUAUCCUUUAUUCCUGCCUCGUACGUUGCCGAUAUCCUAGGUCGAAGAAUCAGUGUUUUCAUCGGCGCAAUACUGGUCAUACUCGCCGCCAUUAUCCAAGUUGCAGUGAAGCACCCCUGGGUCUUCUUUGCAACUCGAGUAGUUUCUGGAGUUGGUGUGGGAUUCUCACAAACUGCAGCCCCAUUAUUGAUUGCCGAAGCGGCACAUCCACGCCAACGACAAAGACUUACUGGUCUUUAUAAUGCAGUAUGGUUUUGUGGUUCAAUCACAGCAGCAGCCAUUGCCUUCUCGACCCUUUAUGUGAAAAAUAGUUGGUCCUGGCGUGUUCCUUGCUUGAUGCAAAUACUGUAUCCAUCAUUGCAACUAGUUGCUCUUUGCGUCAUUCCUGAAAGUCCACGAUGGAUGGUAUCGAAGGGUCGGAAGGAGGAAGCACGUACCAUGCUUAUAGAUUAUCAUGCCGAUGGGGACGCUGAUAAUCUGGAGGUCCAAGAGGAAUUUGAUCAAAUCUGCUGCAGCAUCAGUGCCGAAGCAGAUCUUAAGUCUGCUUCAGGCUGGAGUGCAUUCAAAAAUUCCAGGGGUGAUUUGCAUCGUCUAGCAAUAUGCAUCAUCUUGGGCUUCAUGCAAGAGUGGACGGGAAAUGGCGUUACCUCAUACUACCUACCCCCUAUUCUCGCAUCAGUCGGUAUACAUGACGCUUCCCACCAAGCCGCGGUCAACAUCAGCCUUCAAGUUUGGAACUUGGUAUUCGCCGUGGGUGGAGCGAACAUCUCGGGUCGCUAUGGAAGACGCAUUCUCUGGCUUAGUGCAACAACACUUAUGCUCAUAUUCCUAUCAACCGCCGCCGUGAUGGCAGGUCUAUUUGCAGAGCUACAUAUACUAAGUGCGGGUAUCACCGUGGUCCCAAUGCUUUUCCUCUUUUGCGGCGCGUACGACGUUGCAUACAUGCCUCUAUUUAUUGCCUAUCCAGCCGAGAUCCUUCCCUUCCAGCUUCGUGCCAAAGGUCUCGCUAUUACGCUCACAACAGACUCCCUCGCAUGUUUCUUCAACCAAUAUGUCAACCCAGUGGCAUUUGGCACCCUUGGCUGGAAGUACUUCCUCGUCUACUCUGCUUUCCUCGUUUUUGUUCUUGGUGUGGUGUACUUCAUAUUCCCAGAGACUCAGGACAAAUCUUUAGAGGAUGUUUCACGGAUCUUUGAUGAGGGGAAGAUUCUCCAAGUCAUGAGUCCCCGCGAAUCUAAAGAAUUUAAGACUGAACAGUUGAAAGAAAAGUUCAAGUCUGAAUUCUACGAGGCUGAGAUAUAA